AUGACCAGAGCCAAUGAAAUGCCUUUAACAACUAAGCCAUUAUCUUUAAAAGUCAAUGCCUGUUUGUUUGAUGUCGAUGGUACUAUAAUCAUCUCUCAACCAGCCAUUGCUGCUAUGUGGAGAGACUUCGGUAAAGAUAAACCAUACUUCGAUGCUGAACACGUCAUUCAGAUUUCUCACGGUUGGAGAACCUACGAUGCUAUCGCCAAGUUUGCUCCUGAUUUCGCUAAUGAAGAAUACGUAGAAAAAUUAGAAGGUGAAAUCCCAGAAAAAUAUGGCCAAUACUCUAUUGAAGUCCCAGGUGCAGUCAAACUUUGUAACGAUUUAAACAAAUUACCAAAGGAAAAAUGGGCUGUUGCCACUUCAGGUACCCGUACCAUGGCUACCAAAUGGUUCGAUUUCUUGGGUAUCAAAAGACCAACAUAUUUCAUAACUGCUUCUGAUGUUAAAAAUGGUAAACCUCAUCCAGAACCAUAUUUAAAGGGCAGAAACGGUCUUGGUUUCCCAAUCAACGAAAAGGAUCCAUCUAAGUCUAAAGUUGUUGUCUUCGAAGAUGCCCCAGCCGGUAUCGAGGCAGGUAAGGCCGCUGGCUGCAAAAUCAUUGGUAUUGCUACGACCUUUGAUUUAGAAUUUUUGAAAGAGAAGGGCUGUGAUAUAAUUGUUAAGGAUCACAGAUCUAUAAGAGUAGGCGGUUACGAUGCUGAAAAAGAUGAAGUUGAAUUAAUUUUUGAUGAUUACUUAUAUGCCAAGGGUGACUUAUUAGAAUGGUAA